CGCCUCAAACAGUUGCGACUGCAACGUCGAGUUGUGACGACGGACCGUCCACAGUGUCCUAGUUACCCAGGAAUUCAUCAGGCAUCAGGCACAGCCCUCCCCCCAAGGAUACCAAAACAUAUAAUCAAGCAAACAAAAUAAAAUAAAAACAAAACAAAAAACCAAAACAAGUACAAAAUGCUUGCCUAGCUAGAGAGACUAAAACAUUGCGCAUACGCCGCAUAGUGCAAACUAUAUAAAUUAACUGUGAUAAAAGUUGAAUUUUCUUCGUUCUUCAACACCAAAAAAGCAACAACAACCUCUUAACCUAACUCAUUUGUGCUAUAAACAAAGAAGCCGAAGAGUCAACCAGCCAAAAAAUGUCGGUACCCAUGCUGCUGACCCCCAUGGAGGCCCAGAGUCCGGAUGAGCACAUGCAAAAUUGUGCCGCCUUCGCGGAUGGAGCCGCCCUCGUCUAUGGAACGGGUAAUGAGCUGGAGUCCGCCGCCGCCGCCUGCAAGCCCACUUUGCGGGAGUUCAAUGUGCGUCUGGAGUUGCCGUUGGACCCUGAGGAGCGUCUGGGCCUGACCGGUGAUGCCAAGGCUCUCGGCGAGUGGCAGCUGUCCAGGAGCGUGCCGCUGGAAUCACUGGACGAGCUCAACUGGCGGACCACAGUGCCACUGCAAUCGUGCCGGCAGCUGGAGUAUCGCUACUUCGUCUACGUGGAGGAUCGCUCUGGCUACAAGCAGAUCCGUCGCUGGGAGACGCAUUUCAAGCCCAGGUCUUUGGGACCCUGCUCGGAGCUGCAGUGCAGCCAGCUGGAUGUCUUCGGCAUCACCAACGAUAACUCCGAUCUGAAGCCACAAGUGCAUCGCGGCUGGCUUAACCACGAGGUGAUCCUCCAGCUCAAGUUCAAUGGGGAGAAGAUGUUCCAGGUCCACGACAUUGAGACCUUUGAUCCGCAGCAUGUCCAGCUGAAGAUUGUGCCCGUGGAGCAGACCGCCGGCCUCCAGGUGGAGUACACAAAGCAGGAGUAUGGCAAGAGUCAGUUGGACCAGCAGCCCACCUUCGGGGUGCCAUACACCAAGGGUGACAUCAUUAUCUUCCACAUCACCCUGCCGCUGGAGAAGAUGAUGCAGCAGCAUUUCCGCUUGGAGUGCUACAGCAUGAGCAACGAGCUACUGGGCAGUGCCAGCCUGCUCAGCGCCGAUCUGACGGGCAGCGAGGGCCUGCUCCACCUGCCCAUCAAGUCGGCCAAGGAUGCUGAGGAGACUCUGGCCAGGCUGAGGCUCCCCUAUGUGGUGGUUCAGCCCUAUCGCUAUUCCCCUCUGGACUUCAAGACCACCUAUGCCCACUAUUGGCCCCGGAGUUGGCCCAGUCUGGAUGUGGGUCAUCGUGGCAACGGCAAGAGCUACAUUGCUGAUGCCCCUGCUGAGAGGGAGAACACCAUCGCCUCCUUCCUGAGUGCCCACGAGCACCAUGCGGAUAUGAUCGAGUUGGACGUCCACUUGACAGCCGACGGUGUGCCCGUGAUUUACCACGACUUUGGACUGCGCACAGCUCCACCUGGCAAGCAGAUCAGCCGGCCGGAUCAACUGGAAUACGUGCUGAUCAAGGACAUCAACUACAGUCUGCUGAAGCGGCUGCGCAUCUUCUCUGUGAUCGCCGGCAAGGUGGUGGAGUAUCCCUCCCACAACGCCGAGCCCCGGCCCGAGCAUCGCAUCUUCCCAACGCUAGUGGAGGUGCUCGUCCAGCUGCCCAAGUCCCUGGGCAUCGAUGUGGAGAUCAAGUGGCCGCAGCGUCGUCAGGGUGGAGGCUCCGAGGCGGAGCAGACCAUCGACAAGAACUUCUUCGCCGACAAGGUGCUCCAUCAGGUGAUCCAGAACGGUUGUGGCAGGCCCAUAAUCUUCUCCAGCUUCGAUGCCGACAUGUGUACGAUGCUGCGCUUCAAGCAGAACAUCUUCCCGGUCAUGUUCCUCACCCAGGGCGAGACGAAGAAGUGGCAGCCCUUCCUGGAUCUGCGAACGCGCAACUUCAUGGCGGCCGUCAACAAUGCCCAGGCCUUUGAGUUGGCCGGUACGGCCCCACAUGCCGAGGAUUUCCUUGGCGAUAAUGCCCCGGAGAUGCUGCAAAAGGCCAAGGAUCUGGGACAGAUAGCCGUGAUCUGGGGAGAUGACUGCAACUCGAAGGAGCGGGUGGAGUACUUCACCCGGAUUGGGGCCACCGCCACAUGCUACGAUCGCAGCGAUCUCUUCAUGCCGCCGGCAAAGCAGGAAGCCUUCUUCAAAUCACCGGCCCUGAUGGCCGAGUUCGCGGCCCAAUGCCGGAUCUAAAAUGCAAAAAAUACAAAACGGGCGGGUAAAUCUAAGCCAUAAUUAUAAUCUUUAAGCUUGUAAAGUUAGUUUGUAUAUUUAUUUAAACACAGGGGCGAAAGAGAAACGUGUGAGAAGCUUUAAAGUGAUUUUUGGUUGAGCAAUUUCUAGUUUCAAACGGAAACCGAAACAGAAACCCAUAAAUAAAGCAGCCGUCAUUUGGCAUAAUUAGAAAUGCAAAAAAAAAGAAGAAGAUUAUAUAUGAGGAAUCCCCCACAAAAAAUUAAGUAGCACCCGACAAAAGACAAUGGGAAGAAAGCGUAGAGCUGAAAAUUACAAAAACACAUACACCUACAUUACCUGCUAAUAAUCUAUCUAUACCUCAAGUAAAAAAAGCAAGAAAAAAUACUAAUAAGCUAAAACAAUCUUAACUACAUGAAAAAAAAGGGGGGAAAAUGUAUUUUAAAAUGAUUUUAUGUGAACUAUGUAACACGCUCUUUUGCGAUUUGUGCAAGAGUAACUAGUUUAUACAAAUUAGAAAAAUAUUUUAUAUAUAUAUAAAUGUUGUAAACUUGA